ACAGAGUGUGCAAAGAAAAAGAACAAGAAGAAAGAUAAAGAAGAUAAAAACAACAACCAUGAUGGGACCCUGGCCACUCACAGUUCUGGUGACAUCUCUGCUUUGGGUUACCUGCCGAACAGCACCUGCUCAGUGUCACUUUAACUCACAAGCUCUGUGUGAGUAUGAGGGCAGAAGCUACUCUUUGGGGGAGAGCUGGAUGGAGAGUGGCUGUAUUCAGUGCACCUGCCUGCAUCCUGUGGGAGUGGGCUGCUGUGAGACGAUCCAGAGGCCGGUGGACUUCCCUGCCUGGUGCGAGGUGCGUGUGGAGGCUCUGACCUGCACCGUGCGUCUUGUGCAGAGCGCCGACCCCCGCUUGCCCUGUGUCUCCCACGGCAACAGCCUUGACCCCAGCCAUGGGGCCCUGGGUAUGUAGCUCGGGAGAUGAGGAGCAGCCAUCACCUCUGUACCGCCACUCCAGCCCACGACCCACCUGUCCAAUACCAACCCUGCUUUGAGUGCGUCUGAAGACGUCUCACGCUUCAGCAGUAUAGCCGUUUGAACUCAAAUCAGCUCAUUAUCAGACUUAAAGGCAGAGUUCAUGAUCCUGGCGAAUUGUUAUUGGUAUUCAACAAUCCGACCAAAUUCCAUGCUCCUGAAGCAGCCUCUGUAUUGGCAAAAAUGCUAUAUGGCUUAAUCCAAACCACUUUUUCUCAUUUCAAAGCCAGGAAAGUGUUCCGACAACAGCUUCUUGAUUAUACACACAGAACAGACCACUAGCUAGGGGACUAGUUUGCACCUUUAAUUGCCUGUGCUUGCGUAUGCCCUCUGUCGUCUCCAACUCCUGUUCCUAACUUCUUUCCCCAGAUGUGGGCUGUCAAUUAGUCUCUAUGUUCGAGAAGUAUGAUUCCUUAUGUUUCCUGAAUGUACAAUACUAAUGCUGUUAGAUAGCCGUAGUAGAAUCCACUGUGUUGAGCACAGCUGGAAAACAAAGGGUGCAAAAAGUAAGAGUUCUUUUGUCCAAGCAACAGUUUGCCUUAUGAGUACACAUAUAUGCACGUUAUUGUCCCUGUGUAAACUGCGUCGGCGCGCGCACAUACACACACACACAAGCACAUGUGUAAUCUACUUGCUGCACACACGCACACAUUCAAAUGUAUAUCAUAUCGUAUAUAAUCCCUUGUAGAAUAAGAUCAUACAAAUACAUAUGCAUGUCACCUGUGGUGUGGGCAAACACACACACACACAUGUACAUAAAUGCAUGUACAGUAAUAUAUGACAGUACCACUUAAUAUUCCAUGUGUUGUAUAAGCACCUUAAACUGGUUAAGUAAAAUAAAGCUAAAU